GCCAGAAAGCUCUCCUGAAGCAGGGCGGAUGUGGCUUGUGGAGGUGACAACCUGCAUGGCGCUUCUGGCCCUGGGGAGGGCGGGACGAGCAUAUGGUUCGCCCGCUGCAGCUCGGCGUUGAUGGCCCUGCCCACGGGGCGGAUUGCACUACCUCCUGCAGAGCGCAGUGGCGAGCCUCGUUCCAAUUGAUCAAUGACAGUCGCCUGUCCUGCGUGCCUAGCUUCUCCCCACCAAGAUUGUAUUGGUGUCUAGGAUGCCAGGCACGUACAUCGAUCGUCCACCUCGUUGGGGAACACGCAGUUCCAAGAGAACCCUGUGCGGCUCCGGCCUGCAGUCCGGAGAGAUCUAACGGCACCAGUCGUCACCCCUCCCCCCGAUCAAUUUCGACGUCAGUACACAGCAUACCGCUUGAUCCCCUAGAGACUUUUCGUACCUUUUUUCGGGCUCGAGUCUAUGGGCUGAGCGACCCCCGUGCCACGCCAGGCAUGCACAUCAGAUGCACCAACCAGGCAGACGGACAGGCUUUGCCCGACUACCGUGUCAGUUGCCUACAUGUGCGUCAGCGAGGGCCUGUGACUGUUUGUCUACCCUGUCUACCAUGUAUGUAGGCGCAGGCAUUCCGGAUCUGCGAGUGCAUCAGAAGGAAUGUGCUGUCCAGACGCCUCCAUGUUCUUACUGUGCGCCCACGAGUGGGUGUGAGAGGGGAUCUACAUAGAUAUAAUUCUGUUGCCCCUCGCCCCCGAGGACGCCCUUCCCUUCCGUCCCACGUUGCCCCCGUCUUGUCUCUCGUCCCUUCUAUAUGCCUCUAACUCUGUGAGCUGGGUGACCUCGGUGCUUGGACCAGACAGCUCUGCGGCCAAGCUUUAAUCAAUUAGCAUUGAUCCCCGCAACGCGCAAGGGCUUGUUUCUAACGGCCCCCUGUGUCAUCAUCACCUUCGCUUACCUCUCUGAGCGGCGUUGAUUGUCGAUCCUUUGCCCGACUAUCUCGUCGCCUAGUCCAGCGGACUUACACUUUCUGGUUGACUUGUCCCUCCUCUGGGACCUCACUGAGAAGGAUUGUCAGCUUCUCAUCUCACCACGCUUACACUAGCACGCCAUACAUACCGCAGUCAAGAUGUCUGUCUAUUCCCGCCGCUCGUCGUCCUCCUCUUCGGGUCGAUCAAACUCCUCCACCACCACGGUGAGAACGGCCGAGCUCAAUGUCCCCCGGAGCAAGUCACUCUCAGUCGUCACCUAUCUUGCCGGCGGCGAUCCUCGCAAGCACAAGAAUCUCCGCCGCACAAAGAUCACGACCGAGUAUGACAACGGCACAUACGAGACCACCUCACAGUACUUCUGGGUGCGAGAUCCCUACGCAUCCACGUACUACUGGGGCGGAGACUACGACGACUACGACGACAGCUCGAGCGUCUACAGCGGCAGCUCGCGCGGAAGUUCGCGCCGUAGCAAGCACGGCGGCCCCAAGGGCAGGGGUUUGCCCACGGCGGUACCAGUGCAGCCAAUGCCGCCGCCACCGCAGCAGAUGGGCAUGCCGCCAAUGGGCAUGGGGAUGGGCAUGCCGCCUGGCAUUCCGCCGCCUCACAUGGGGGGGCACCCACAGGCUCACAUGGGCGGCCCACCCCCGGGGGUCCAGGUCGUGGACGAGAUGGACGACGACGCCAGCUCCAUGUACAGCGGGAGCAGCUACUUCAGCGACGAGUCCUCCUACAGCUCGCACGGGAUGCCCCCGCCGCACCCCCACGGCAUGGGGAUGCCGCACAUGCACCAGCAGCCGCCGCCGCCGCCGAUGAUGAUGCACCCGGGCGGCCCGCACAUGGGCCCGCCCAUGAUGAGCGGUGCGGGUCCGGCGCCGCCGAGGUCACACCGUGGCGGCGGCAGUGAUCACGGCGGCGACAUGCCUGAUUUUAUCCAGAUCUCAUGAAGUGAAUGAUGACACACACACACACACACACACA